AUGUCCGAAAAGAAUCAACCUUUGGGCAGCCAUGUCUCUGACCAUGGCUAUGAAAACAUACCCCCACCACCCGCAUACACCGCAUUGUCCAGCUCACCUACCGCUCCUGCCAUGAAAUCGGACGCAUACCCUAACAAUGCUGCUCCUCCCUAUGAAGCGUCCAGGGGAUAUGGACGACCGCCGCCUAACGAUUACGCUCCUCCGCAACAAUACAACGUCCCUGUUGGCCAAUACACUCCUCCUCCACAACAAUACAAUGCCCCUCCUGGUCAAUACAGUCCUCCUACACAGCAAUAUGGUGGACCUUAUGAAACAUCGAGCGGUGGGUUCCAGGGUGGUAUGUUUGGUACAUCGAAGCUGAAGCGUAAACCACUUGAUCCCCCACCUCCUUGUCUCUCGCGACCGCCACAGUUUUUUCAACGCCCUUUACCCUUUGCUGCCUUUAGAAUACCUUGCAGCGGUAGUCAUCUUGAUUCCGGAUUCCCUCUUAUGUAUCCAGGACAUGUUCUACAUGGGCACGACAUACAAGAGCUGGAAUGGAUACGAUUUUUGGAGGACUUGGGUAUUUCAGGUCGGUUAGAAUCUGGAGAAAAGGUGAAGUCGCAUAUUCUGCCUAUGGCGUUUGGUGUUGGCGCUGCUGGAAUUCUCAUCAGUCGGGCCAUGCAACGCCGGAUGAAGAACGGCAAAGCAAAUCAAGUUGGAAGUCUAGUUGAUAUCUGGAAUGGCUAUUAUUUCCACCUUCGUGGAGUGAACGUUACGCUCAUGCAUGGGGACAAGGCUCUAAGUGGUCUUCAAGCAUCGGAACUCACCAAGGACAGUUCUUCAUCCUGCUCAUCGGAUUCCUCGUCUGACGAAGAAUCACUUCGACACAGCCCAUCACAGUAUCAACAACAGCACACCGAUCGUAGGCAAGAGCGUAAAAUACAGCGAGAAGAGAAGCGCGAGCGACGUGAUCAGAGAAGAGAAGAGAAACGGGAGCGACGUGACCUGAAACGAGAAGAGAGACGAGCCCGAAAGCAAGAACGAAAAGAGGGAAAGAGAAAAGACAUACCAUAUUACCUUAUCGUUGAAUCAAGACCAAUGUAAUAUCUUGUAUGGCUACAGCUCACAUUUGAAAGGAUAUAUCUCUUUGGGAAUUUUCGUCUAUAAGUAGCUUAUCAUAUUCACAGACAUACAAAUGUUGUAUAAUAUAUAUUUUUAUUUCUUAACAGUC